GUUUGGUAAGGUGAAUUCCCGAAGCAGCUUUAAAUCACUGCUAACGACACGCAAGCAGCAGCACAUAGCCUGGCUGUAUCACAUAUUCAUAAUGGCGAGUUUUCAAGCUAUGACCACUCCGGCAGCUGCCAUCACAUCGCACCAGAGCUGUGGGAAUGAGAGCGCCACUAAUGACUCUGGAGGAUACACCCACGAUGAUGUUGUCAGCUUUAAGGCUGCAGAGACUGUCAUUGAGUUGGCAUCCACGUUCAAGGAGAAGCCAGAUCCAUCCAAUUUAGUGUUUGGAACAGUGUUUACAGACCACAUGCUUACGAUCGAAUGGUCAGCCAGUGAUGGAUGGCAGAAACCACACAUAGGACCAUUUAAGAAUCUGUCAAUGCACCCAGCAUCAUCAGCUCUGCACUAUGCUGUAGAGUUAUUUGAAGGACUGAAGGCUUACCGUGGUGUUGAUAACAACAUUCGUCUUUUCCGACCAUUGAAUAAUAUGGAGAGGAUGCUGAGGUCUGCCUACAGAGCUGGUUUACCUAGUUUUGGUAAGGAGGAGUUGCUCGAGUGCAUCAGAAAGCUUGUCAAAAUUGAAAAGGCUUGGGUCCCCGAAUCCAGCAGUGCUAGCCUUUACAUUCGGCCUACUUUAAUAGGAACUGAGCCUUCCCUGGGCGUUAAGAAGCCUUCCCGAGCCUUGCUGUAUGUGAUCCUCAGUCCUGUGGGGCCCUACUUCUCUACUGGGAUCUUUAGCCCUGUGUCACUGUGGGCUGAUCCAAAAUACACCCGAGCCUGGAGAGGUGGAACAGGAGACUGCAAAAUGGGAGGGAAUUAUGGUGCGUCAAUAUAUGCCCAAUAUGAAGCCAUGGAAGUGGGAUGUCAACAGGUUCUAUGGCUUUAUGGAGACAGCCAUCAAAUAACUGAAGUUGGAACCAUGAACCUGUUUCUGUACUGGAUCAAUGAAAAUGGAGAUGAAGAAUUGGCCACACCACCUUUAGAUGGUGUCAUUCUACCAGGUGUUACCAGACAGAGCAUUAUAGAUCUUGCCCAUAAAUGGGGUGAUUUUAAAGUAACUGAGCGCUAUCUGACGAUGGGAGAUCUGAUAACUGCCUUGAAAGAAAACCGAGUGAAAGAGAUGUUCGGAGCAGGAACUGCCUGUGUUGUGUGCCCAGUGGGACGCAUAUUAUACAAGGGAAAUAAUUUGCAUAUCCCAACUAUGGAUAAUGGACCAAAGUUAACUACAAGAAUACUGAAGCAGCUCACUGACAUCCAAUAUGGCAGAAUUGAGAGUGACUGGACACACUCUGUGCAGUGAAGAAGAGGAGGAUGAGAUCCGUUUCUGUGAAACACAACCUGUGCAUACACUUUAUCGUUGCAAGUUUGUGAUGUUCUCAUAGCAAUACUUACAGUAGCAUAGAUUUAUUGAUGUGAAAUGUAAAAACUUUAAUGUGAGUACAAUCAGUUUUUACCUCAAAAUGAUGGUAGCUACAUUGUGAACGUGCAAUUGUCAUGCUGUAAAGGCCAUGUGCAAUUAUUUGAUUUAAAUUUUCUGAAAGCGUACAGAUUUUGUUUUGAUACUGUUGCACCAUUAGUUAAAUUUGUAUCUGUAAGCUCAUGUUUUAAUUAGGUCUACAAACAGUAACUAGCUGGGGCAACAGAUUCACCCACUUUUUUUUUUUUUUUUUAGCUCAAAAACUUCCAGGUUCAGCUUUUCACUUCAUAUGAUGAGGUUUUGGGUAUCAGCAUUAUCCACGUACCUAUGUGUAUAGGAUACAGUAAACAAGUCAAAAGUAUAUAUUGUUACUUUGUAAUUACAUUUUAUUUUAGGACCUACUUUGGCUGUCAUCAUGUUUAUGUAUGCUUUUGUUGUUGGGGUCUUGAAAAAGAGCCUGCUGUGUACGCUUGCUCAGUGGGACUGGUAAACUUGAUUUAAAUAAUCUUUGCUCUGUUACAUUAAACAGUACAAAAGCACAUACAAUUGGUUACUAUGUACUUAUCAUUUUGAAAACUUGAAUACAAAAAUCUACAGUGCAAUUUAUAAUGAAAUCAUCAGUGUUUCCAUAAUAAAUUAAUACAAUUACUUAGUUGUGUGUAAUAUAGUUGAAAACCAUUCCUUUCUAUAUUUGUAAAGAUGUAUUACUUUUUAAUAGGACCCUUGUUGUCUUUUUUUAAAUGGUUAAUGAGGGUCAACCAAAAAACAGGGUAAUAUUUAUUUAUAUUGUAUUAAGGCUUUGAUUUAAUCAACCUAUUACAUGGCAGGAUAAACCACAGGUGGAGCACUGGGAAUCCCCCUGGACCGUAUCAUCCACCUAUGUGUGGUUAUUCCUGUGAUAUAAAACAAAUCCAGGGGUGACUUUGCCCUGCCAGGGUAUGGUAGGUUGACCAAAUCAACACCCUACACUGUAUAUAGAUUUAUAGUAGUUUUACAUCAGAAACAUACUGUAAGGUUAGCAAGUUUCAAAUGCCAUAAACAAAAAAGCAUGAAGCAAAUCUAUAAUAAUGCAUAUUACAAAUUAAUAAUUUUGAAUAAAAUUGAAUUGCACUGAUAGAAAUUGA